UGGUACUAUAAAACAAAAAAACAUUCACAAGGAAUUGCAUUUCAUAUAAAAUCCUUAGCCUUAAAAGCCUCCUUGGAGUUAUUGGAGUUGUUACCCUUUUUAAUUUAAACAAUUAAUUUUUACAUUGUUCUUGUGGCUAGAAUUCUGCAAGGGAAUGGGACCGAACUGACUCUUUGAGAUGCACUUAUGAUGGCAAUAAUUUAACAUGCGCUCGAGACAGAGAGGCGUGCGACCGACAGCUUGCCUAGUGCAGCAGAUUUUAAACAGCACGCGCCCUUCCAAUUGCGCGCCACGACGUUGCGUGUCCUGUCAGUUUCAGUAACUUCGUAGCCUUUUCCUGAAACAAGUCUACCUGGGUCUCAAAAGAAGAUAAAAAAAACAAGGAUAAUAGUUUGGAAGAUCACCAUAAUGUCAAAAAUGGUUUCAACUGAGGCAAAAGACGUGUCAAAGACGUCACUCGGCAGUGGACAUCACAAAUUCCAAAUGAUUCAUGGCUUGACAACUCUCGUAUGUUUUGCGUUGUCAGUGUUUUCGGUGACAGUUUGUCUGUUUAUGAACGUUAAAACUCUUCGCAUUGAGCGUAAAAUGGAGCUUCUUGAGAUGGAGCGACUGUCGGUUAUUCGACCUGUGCACACUACCGAUGCUAACGCGACACUUUGGUAUGCGAUAGAAGAACUUGUGCAAGAGAGACUUAAAGAGGGUGUGUCAAAAGUUCGCACAGCGCGAGAGGUGACGCAAGAGUGCUCGUGCCCUCCAGGUCCUCCAGGAAAGCGGGGAAGAAAAGGCAACCCUGGAAUUCCAGGCACUCCAGGGCGAGAUGGUUACCCAGGUCCAUUGGGUAUGGAUGGUAAACCUGGACCUUCAGGUCAAAAAGGCAGUCAGGGAAUGCCAGGACCAAAAGGAGAUAAGGGCGACCAGGGAGACAUAGGCCCUAGUGGACCACCAGCCUACACAGCCUCUGCAGGCCUGCUCAGUAAUCAGAUUCUCACAGUGAAGGGUGAUCAAGGUCAGUCUGGACCUCCAGGUCCCCCUGGACCUCCGGGAACACCUGGUCCCAGAGGGCCUCCAGGAAACACAGGCAGAGAUGGGCCCCGGGGCCACCCAGGAGAGCCGGGACCACCUGGAAAGGAUGGAAAUGAGGGACAAAGAGGGCCACCCGGCACACAGGGUAUGAAUGGAGCAAAUGGCAUGCCUGGAUCACAGGGCCCUCAAGGUCUUAAGGGAAAUCAGGGUGUGCCAGGUUCUGAGGGGAAGAGAGGGAUUGAUGGAGUCCCUGGCAUGAAGGGUGAACAAGGAGAUGUUGGGGAUCCAGGUCCCCAGGGUUUGCCUGGAGAGAAAGGGGCUGCUGAUUUUACAGAAAAUACUAAUAUGGCUGUAAGACUCAAAGAUUUGCAGGGGCCACCUGGCCCUCCAGGACCUCCUGGAGGACAAGGGCCAAAAGGAGAAAUUGGCUUACAUGGACCAUCGGGCCCUGAAGGCAAGCAGGGCCCUAAGGGACAGAGGGGUGAUACAGGAGAGGCUGGAACAGUGGGAGUAAAAGGAGACAAAGGGGACAUUGGGCUGACAGGGCCUUCUGGGACAGCUGGGCAAAAGGGAGAUAAAGGAGACUCCAGACUUGAGGAUAAUCUGGCCCAGAUUAAUUCUUUGCCUGGCCCUCCAGGGCCUCCUGGACCACCUGGACCUGCAGGAUAUAAUGGAUUGCCUGGCCCCAAGGGAGAGCCUGGUGAAACAGUGAACGGAGAAAAGGGGGAUAUUGGAGAGAAAGGUCCAUCCGGGCCACAGGGUCUUCAAGGUUUUCCUGGGUCUAAUGGGUUGAUAGGUCUGCCAGGUGCAAAAGGUGAAAAGGGAAAACAAGGCGAACCAGGACUAGAUGGUUUCCCAGGGCUUCAAGGAGAAAAAGGGGACAACGGAGACAAAGGAAAGAAGGGUGAGAGAGGCACAAUGGGAAAGAAAGGCCUGAAAGGACAGAAGGGAGAGCAAGGACCUCCAGGACUUGAUCAGCCUUGUCCUGUGGGGCGAGAUGGACUGCCCAUACCUGGAUGCUGGCAUAAGGAGGAGGCUUCAGGGCAGGGGGGCAAAGCCAAGCAGUCACUUCAGCCCUAAAGUACACAGAAUGGGUUACACAUUGAAGAAGGAUACAUUGCCAUUGGUGAGCUGGAUGCCCCAAAUGAAAGGGCUCGUCUGUACUACAGGCAGGAAACCGAUAAGGGCGUUGCACUGGAUUUGUACUGGUGUACAUAUGGACAAAUUUGUACUCAGGAAAUUAUUGUCAAUAGAAAACAGCAUAAUAUCUUGUUGUUGUUUAAAGUCUGGUGUUCAUAAGUACCCUCAUAUUGAAUAAAUUACUUUGAUAUUUUAUCUGUAAUUUUUAUUUUUAUAAUUACAAUUUACUUCUUUAAAGCUACUUAGAUUCAUUGUGUGAAUAACUCUGUACCAUGCAUUAUGUGUAUUAUGUCCAAUAAUUGUUUCUUUUCUACAUUUACUUUUGUUUAAAGUUUGUAAAAGCUAAAAAAUAUCAUACAUUCCUAGAGUGACAAGCAACUCCCAGCAUUAGCAAUAAUACCAAUAAUAUGGUAACAAUGUAAUCAAACUGUUUGUUUUCAUUUUAUUUACAUUUAUCAUUCAGUCUUUGACAUUGCAUCUUUAUUUUACAGAAAUGUUAGAUAUACGUUUUGAAAGCUUUGCAAAAUUAGAUAAUAUCUAAUAAUGUAUGAUACUCUAUUAUGUGCAGUUACAAAUCAAACAAAAAAAUUUAUUAAAAUUAAGGAGACUUAAAAUUAUCCAUGAUUCCCUUAAAUAUAGUUUCCGUAGUGUAGUGGUUAUCACGUUCGCCUCACACGCGAAAGGUCCCCGGUUCGAAACCGGGCGGAAACAACUUUCUUUUUUUUUUUAACCAAAAAAGUAUUAAACAUUACCUUUUUUCAUUUUGCCCAACUUAACAUGACCAUAAAUAAUUUGAUUCAACAUUAUACUGAUCAAGUGAGGACAAUAUUAAUUACAUAAAAUGGCUAUUAUCCAAAUGUUUUGUAUUAUGUCUAUCCAUGGAGAUCAUUUCUGGUGGCUCUGUGAAGCCAAAAUCUGAAGAUGUUUAUCAAAACAGUGACCUGCAGAUCUAGAUCACUGAUGAGAGAAAAGUGUAUUUUAACAAUGCACAAUGACAUAGCAUGCAAUAAUGAAUAAAGAGAAUAAAUAAUUCUCAAUACUGCUUGCUACAUUUGUACAGUAGAUACAAACACACAUUCAUUAUCAAAAUAGCAUACUAUCAGCACAAGCUAGUUUGACAAAUCAAUGUGUGGAAGGAUAAUUCCUCUAUAUUGUGUAAAAUUAUGAACUAUGCCUAUUUUUCAAAGCGAACAGAUCUCAUUUCUGACUUGCUCAUGAGACUUGACUUUACCUAUAACUUCUUUUUAGCUCCAUUUGUUGGAGCUACAAGUCAAACACUAACAACCAAGUAAUUGUAAAAUUUAAGUAAAAUUAUAAUAACUAUAGUUACACUUUCAAAUGUGAUUAAAUAAAAACACUACAAGGAGACUAAACAGUCAAAACACUACCCAUAAUUCUCCUAUACUAACGUUUCCGUAGUGUAGUGGUUAUCACGUUCGCCUAACACGCGAAAGGUCCCCGGUUCGAAACCGGGCGGAAACAAAUUUUAAAGUCUUUUUUUAGAGCUUACAGCGGUUAUUGUUUGUUCAUGAUCCCUAGUGC